AGAUGUAGCUAAAACGAGUAGGAGUUGCUCGAACAGACUAGGCGGAGUCAGUAACUCCAACCUUAAUAGAGAUACAAUCAAGAAAGUCUAUGCAGUGCAUUUUCAGGAUCAGCGUAGGUGGAAAGACGGAAGUCACGGGUUAGUAGGGAUCUUCCAUCUACAUAGUUUAGACAUCAGCCAACAACGAAUGAAUAACCAGUCUGACUCAUCACGGCACUUCUUUAAUUACUAAAAAAUUUUUGAAAAAAUGUUAGAAAUCUUCGUAUGUAAAAAUUUUACUCUCUAUGAAAUACUGAAGCCUGACACACUAAACUUGCUUGUGCACAUUAUUGUAAGCUCUAUAUAGUGUGUUAAAUGGGUGUGAAUAUUUUCUAGUUUCAAUAGAAAGUGAAUAGGACUAUUUUUGUUAUAGUAGUUAGAACACAAGCAUUUUUGUCAUGUCAAAAAAAUUUUGUGUCAUGUCGAAAUAUAAUCGAAAUAGGUUCUAGCAACUGUAAAAACUUCGAAAUGUUGAAGUAACACAAUAUUAAAACGAGCGUAGCUUUUGAAAAAAUGGACUCAUCAUAUAGUUUUAAUAGAUUAGAGAUAAUGAAUCAUCAUCUUCAUCAUGUACUUCAUCAUCGCAUGCAUUCGACGCCCGAAGAGCAUGUGGUGUCACAUGAACAAGAACCGUCUGCUGUUUCCACAUUACGUUUUAGCAUUGUCAAUAUUCUUCGACCUGAUUUUGGAAAAGAGGCUAUUUUAACCACGCGAAACUUAUCAAAGUCAGUGUCUAUGAAAGUAACAGCACUUUCUGUACAUAAUUCAUUGACUUUGCCUCGGGACCUGCGUUUCUGCACCAGUCGACUAUCGCCACAUUCCACGUCGGUUGGUUCUUUCAUCAACGCACAGAGAUAUAAUCGUGAUGGCUUAUCUUCACAUUGCGGUUUAACCUCACCUGUGCAGAGGCAUGUGUCGAGUCUAAGUAGAAGCGGUAGCCUUGAAAGUUUGGCUAGUAAUUUGAGCUCUGUUACCGGUGGCUCCAUAAAUGGUGCAACUUCGACUUCGUCGAUAUCAACUACAGGGAUUGAAUCUGUUAGUAAUGAUAGCAAUGUCAACAAUAGUUUGCCUAUCCAAAGUUCUUCCAAUAGACAAAGUCUUUGGCCCGCUUGGAUAUAUUGUACUAGAUACUCUGACAGACCUUCUUCUGGACCACGAACCAGACGAGUAAAACGUUCAAAAAGUGAAAAACCUGAAUCAGCGACAUCGGAGGAAAAACGACCACGAACUGCCUUUAGCGCAGAACAGCUUAACAAAUUAAGGCUAGAAUUCAAAGAAAAUCGGUAUCUGACCGAAUUUCGUCGUCAAAAACUAUCUAAAGAACUUGGUUUAAAUGAACAGCAGAUAAAAAUUUGGUUUCAAAACAAGAGAGCAAAAAUGAAAAAAGCUAGUGGACAAAAAAAUCCAUUAGCGUUACAAUUAAUGGCUCAAGGUCUCUAUAAUCACUCAACAAUGCCCGUUGAUGAGAGCAACGAAGAGAUUACUAUUUGUGAAAUAUAAUGGAAUUAAUUAUUUCCCUUUAAAUUUAAUAUUUACAUUCUAAAAA